GCCUCUGUCUGCCGAGAGCGCCUGAGGCUCCCCCAAAGAGACGAAGAGGAGGCGGUUUUGAGGAGGAAUCCGGGUCCGGCUGAACGCGGCGGCUGUGAUAAAGCGUGAGAAGCAAACAGCCCAUCAGUCAGCAGUCAGUCAUCCACUUCAACAUCACUCAGUCAGCGCUAAACUCCGGCUGUCACCGCGCCUGCUCCAGCCUGACAGGUAAGAAUCAUCACCUCCUGCUUUAAACUCCAACAUUUACUCUGCAGAUUUCUGCUAAAGUGAGAGUUUUAAGUUUCUGACGGGUCAGGGUGUGAUGGACGUGCGUUUCCCAAAACUGACACUGCUGGCUUCGCUUUGGAGAGGUUUAGAAGUGAGAGUUUACGAGGUCUGAGAGAUCAUGGAGGAACCCAAGACGAUGCGCAAAUUGAAAGAAACCAGUUUUUCCGAAGAUUUGAUGUGUUUUCAAGAGGUUUAUGUCUUUUAUUUCGAGCGCAAAGCAGAGCAAACAUGUUCCGUUUAAUUCUUUUAACACGACCUCACACCGUAUCAUCCCGAUCAGCACCAGUUUUUUUUUUCUUCUCAUUCUCUCCUUUAAGUGUCAGCUUAGUUUAGAGCCUAGAGACGUGUGAGUGUGAUUGAAAAUCCCGAUGCAUGCGUCUCUACAUCACAAUGGACAUUUCUUUAUGCUGUUUCUGAAGCAAAGUAUGGGUGGACAUAUAGUUUUUUAGGGCUGAUACUGAUACCAAUUUUGGGGACCAAUAACUGAUAUUUGAAACAGAUGUGCAUGUACAAGAAAAAUAUAAUCUUUCUGGCAAAAUGUAGAACUUGGAAUAUAAAGAAAGUCCAGCCUAAGACUUUGUUUAAUCAGAGCUGAAACUUUCACCAUCAUGAUGUCCCCACAGGUGCUACUAACUACAGGUACCACAGGUUUGGGUAUAACUAAUGUGAGGUCCAGCCAAUCAGACUGAGUUGUAAAAACAGAGCCAAGCAGAAAGACUUACAUGCAUGCAAAGCGAAAGAAGUACACUUUUUAGUUGAUCAGGAGAGUAAAACAUGCAAAAGAAAAAUAUCAGCCACUGUAAUCUGUCAAAAACAGAAUCUACUCAUAUUUUCACUCCUCUAACACAGGUUUUUUUAAGAGGCACUGUCUUUAAGAGUGAUUCUAGAGAGGUGUUUCUCUCCUUUUAUGCUGCUGUCACCUGUACAGGGCGGCACAGCUUCUUUUCAAAGCCCCCUCGCCCGCUGCCCCCUCCUCCCUUCCUCCUGUUUCCAAAUGCUCUCCUUUGAAGCGAUGAUGCCCCAUCUGUCAUAUGUGAGCAAAGAGAGACCAUGCUCUGCUCUUCUCAAUUACUGAAUUCUCCUCAUGCCAGCUCCGGUGGGACAGGAGGAGGAGCAGGUGGGUGGCAGUCAGUGCGAUCAAUCAACAUGAAAUAUUCAGCUUUGAAUAUACACAUCAUUUACCGCUGCUGCUGCUGCUGGCCUUGUUAGAAACACCUCCAAAAAUCAGGUUUUCUUGGCCCGUGUGUGUCCAGGUGGCACCACCUUUCUUUCUUAGUAAAAUCCAAACCGUGCCGCCCGUUUUGGAGGCUGGAGGAAUGUUUGAAAUCAUCACUGAGAGGAAACCAGGGAGAGGGAGGGUGAGCGGAUGAAACAGUAUUAAAUGUAGCGCCACAGCCAGUUUUCUCAUUAUGCUGCAGUGAAAUCAUACAGCUUACAUGACAAAGCUCUGCUUGGCAACUUUCUCCCCUGAUAGAAGCACUUGUUUGAACACCAGGCACAUGAUUUGAAUAUCUAUAAUCCACGCUGAAAUCAACAGGCCAGAUGAACUUUUUGGCACCCUGUAACAACCACAUUGAGUCGGAUUUUCUCCCCCCCACCCAUCCGCUAAAACGCCUCAGCUAACCUAGACUGGGUGAAAAAUCACUCAAGAGGAAAAACUGAGCAGAAGUUAUUUAUUUCUCCAACUUUGAAAUCUUAUCAGAGAAAAUUAAAGCUCUCUCCGAUCGCUCAAACUCUUCAGGAAACUUUAAAGCGUGUGCCGUGUGUGAUAAUAAUAUCUCUGAUGUUGCCUGGUGAAAUUAGCCCGAGAACCAUGGCCCUAAGUAUUUGAGCUAUGAGGCAAUACAGUGAAAAGCAUAGCCCCCUCAUAUGAGAACACAACAGUGAAUAAUUAAUAACCUUGCUCCCAAUUCCAGGAAAACAAUAGCAUAUUGUAGGAACACUGCACUAAUUUAACUAGAGGAGGAAAAAAAAAAACAACUUUCACAAAAUCUGGCGUGCAUCUCCUUUGUCUCAAAGCACGUCUGCACGAGUUUAUCUGCAUCUGCUGCUGCUGUUUGCUGCAAACCGAGGUGUUGCAUGCUGCAUGAUAUGCCAGUGUCAUGUUGUUUGCCUUUGAGAUUAAUCAGAAGCCAUUAAAUAUCUCUCUUUCUCUCACCUGCUGGCAGUAUGUGAGGUGGAAGUGCACAUGCAGGAAGCUAUUUUGCACGGGCCUCCUCUCCUGGCUGUCAGCUCCCAUUAAGGGGGAAGGUGUCAUAUCUGUAACACAGCUGAGUGCAGAUGGCAGAGUGGAGGGGAUGGCUCACCGAUUUAAACAAUGAUUAAUGAACAGAGAUGGAAAACAAAUUACAUUGGACUAUUGGAGGCAGGGAAUUGUUUUUAUGAAAAUGUUAAUUGUGUCUGCCAGGCUGAUACCCGGAGUGGGGGAAGGGUGGAGAGAGGGCACGGCGGCGAGGCAACCGAGGGGCUACUGAUAGGACCAGUACGACUCCCCCCGCUCAGAUUAUUGGCGUUUCUCAGCAUGCCAUGUUUAGUGCCGUACCUUGGCUUUAAGACCUCUAAUGUGCCAUAACUUUCAAGGUUUGGCUUUUUAUGAUGAACCCCAUGAAGAAUUGUCGCCCACCACUGCACCAAUUAGCGUUAUCUCUAAUAAUAAGUGGUUGUAAGUGACGAGAGAAGGCGCCCUGUUCUAGUUGUAAUUAUUGCAGGCGGGUGCAGCUGCACUACUUAGGGAGAUGAUGAUAAUUAUUUUUCCUUUUUUUCAUUGCGGGUUGAUUAUUUAAGAGCAUCAUACACUCAUCAGAGUAAUCAGGAGAGAGUGAUUAGUGAAAAUCCACCAGGCUAACAGCUGCCACAUUAAACACUUGCCUCUGUUGCCAACACACAGAGUCAAAGCCUUUCCACAGGACAGAGACUGAGAGAAAGCACUUCACCUUCAAGACGGGGACCACAUGUGUUUGUUAGAAAGUCAAGGCCGAGGGCGGACGCAGAAUUAGAGUAAACACAGCGCACCACAAAGAGGCAGCAGCAAGGUCAAUGUUUGACGCCUCAAUUCACAGAAACAGGAGAGGAGGAGCAGUUCGAUAUGAGGCUGAUAGAGCUGGAUCCUCUCUAUAUGUUUAAUACUUCUACCUUUCUGCAGCUAACAUUAAAACUAUUCAAUGUAAACCCCCAGAUUCAUGCUUCACCUGCACACUAGACAAACCAAAUCUAAAUACUCUCCUGCAUUUGCGCCCUGCUUCUACGAUGUUCAUGCAUCUUAUAUUUUCUUUCUUAAACUUAGAAAUCCGGUGUGUCCUGUAACCCUCUCCAAAAUCUCCUUCUUUUUACCUCAGCGAGUACGAGUGCAGCUUCAUCACACUCAGGCAAAAAAAAGUCAAAAACAAAUCCAGCGAUAGAUGAGUCAAAGCUGCUUGCUGUUUUAUUUAAAAAAUAAACAACAUAAAAAGAAAACGCAUCGGCUCAGGUUACUUAAAAUUAAAUCAAUUCAAAUGCAAAUCAUUUAUAUUUUACCUUAGUGGCAGUAUGCACUGUGACCUGUCUCCCUCUAAGCAGACACAGACGCAGUGAAGGGUGCAGACACAGUUCAAGGCAAAUAAUCAAUAUAAAUAAAGUUGUCAAUGAAGUUCCUACAUUUAUUUAUCAAUCAGGGACUUUUUUGUGCGAAAUCAUUUGUGCAAACACAACAGACAGCUGACAGACUUGCAACCAAAGCAGAUAAGGCAUAUUUGCAGCUUUAAAAAGAAAACAGUUUUAAAAGUAAAGUCUGACAGUCUGAAACCUCCUUUUUCCACACUCACAGUGAUCGAGCAUCUUUACUCUGUACAAAGUCUGGAAGUUUAGUCUGUUUCUGUGUUUACAGAGUCUCAUAGAUAUAGAGCAGGGGAUUUGGGUGUUUAAGGAGAGUUUAUUGAUUUUAAACAAAGCACAUUUAAAAUGCUUUACAGAGUUCAAAGAGGACAAUGUGUUACCCUUUCAAGUAAGCAGCCAGGUUUUAAGUGCUACCUGUAGCUCAUUUCCUGCACGUCACCUCCCUCUUUCUUCCCCAGUUUUCUGCUUCCUCCACCCUCCUGUCCUCAUCGAUGAAACUCACAGAAGCCAAAUGAAAAUGGCUGAGUAAAAAUUAUUGUAAUGGGGAAACAAAUCAAACAUAAGGCAAAAAUAAGAACUCUAAACAUCCAAAAUAUACCAAUAUAUUGGAUGGUUAGAGGGAUUACUGAGAUAAACUACAAAAAAAUUCUAAAAUUUCAGUAAGUUUUAAAUUUAUUUCCAGUAAAAAGCCUUCAGGUACACGUCAUUAGAAUCCGAAAACGUGCUAAGGGAUGAUAAACCUGAUUUUAAGGUUUACUUUUUAAGCACUCCUUUGUCUGGACUCAGAGUAUAAAUAUCUACAGCCUCAGAUCCUGCAGAAACCUUUUUAUGGUUCUUACCUAAAACCUCAAACCCUGAUCAAACUGAGUGUUUGUUGAACAACUGGCCUGAGGAUCUCCAUCAGUGUCUGCUUUAAAAUCACUGUUGAGACAUUUUUAUUGAGACGUCUUCUUGAAAUUAUUGCAUGCUACUCAUGGUGUUUUGAUUCAUUUAGUGUAUUUAUUGUCUUUUUUAUUGUUUCUUUCAUCAAACUACUAUUAUGUUGUGUUUUAUCAUAUUAUGUUAUCUAGGCCACAUUUAGCCUACAAGUCCAGAAAAGUCUCAUUUUAAGAUUUUACACAUCAAAAUAAGACCCGAAUUAGUUAUAAAAAGCAGAAUCAGUCUGACAAUAAAAUAUGAAAAUCUACGUAAGAAGAAUAAGAAAAUGCCUCAUUUCAAGAAUUAAAGGGUAAAUUUUUUCUUCGGAGCAAUGGAGGAACAUCAGAGGAGCAGGAGUGGGGGAGAGAGGAGAGCAGGGAGAGGAGCAGGAGAAGGAGAGAGGAGAGCAGGGAGAGGAGCAGGAGGAGAGAAGAAAGCGUGGAGAGGAGCAGGAGGAGAGAGGAAAGCAGGGAGAGGAGCAGGAGGAGAGAAGAAAGCAGGGAGAGGAGGAGAGAGGAGAGCAGGGAGAGGAGCAGGGGGGAAGAGAGGAGAACAGGGAGAGGAGCAGGUUUUAUAAAAGCUUCGGGUGGUUUGUUGGAUCUGGUGCCUUUGAUAAAAUGUAAAAGAGCUUAAAUCCUUAAAUUCAUACAACACAGAGUAAAAAUUCUUUCCUACAAGUGAAAUUAAGGUUUAAGUUGUAUAAACAAGAGUGGAUAAUCAUUUUUAACAAUCUGAACAUCGAUAUCAGUCAAAAUAAUUAUGAUUAUGAUUUUUUGCUAAGUGCUGAAGAAAAAGGUUAGCUGUUAGAUUUGGGCUUUAAAAAGCUGUUACAAAAGAUGGUUUUCUUUUUUUAAAUGAUUAUAUUGCUCACCUGAGAUUGACUCCAAAAGGGGGCGGGACUGCAGGUUAGGGGGCGAAGUACCCGGAUGGAUCUCUGUCAAGUAAACUCCUCUGCAGAAAAGCAAACACCAUCUUUGUAAAUGUUUGCUGAAACCUUAAAUGUUUCUCUGUUACAGCUGCAGUGUCAUCCUGUUAGUAAAGCAAGUAAACUUUUAAUGUUUGAGAGUCUAUUUUUGAGGCUUCUGAUUAGACACAGUCUGAACCCGAGCUGUGUGUGCGUGCGUGCGUGCCUGUGUAUGUGUGUGAGACGGCCAUGUCCGGUGCUCAUGCUGCGCUGCUUGCCACUGUGGAAGGCCUGCUAAACUAAAGGGCUAAUUCUCUUAGCCCAGAUGUUGCCUGAGCACAGUCCUGGGAUCCCACUGGGUUGAUGAGCUCAAUCAGUGAAAUGAUGAAAAGAUGAUUUUGUCCCUGUAAUUACAGUGUGUAAACUACUUAGCUAGGAUUGCAAAGGAAGUCAUUUUCUAAUUACGCUGGUACCCCGUUGUCUAAUGGUGGAUGUUUUGUUGUUUUAGAGAGCGCGGGAAAGAGAGAGAGAGGAGGAUAUAUACGUGUGUGUGUGUGUGUGUGUGUGUGGUGUGUGUGUGUGUGUGUGUGUGUGUUUGAGAGAAAGAGGAACUUCAUGAGGGGUCUGCGCUCUGCUGCUGCGGCUGAAAAAAGACCAUCACAAGGGCAAGAUGGCUGCCAAAUGAGAGUUCAUUGAAUUAUCAGCCCAGUUAAUGUGCCUUGGAUUAUGCUCUUUGUUUGUCAGUUUUUCCCGUAGAUGCCAUAGCUUAAUGAGAUACUGUAAGUGGCAUUACCAGACUCCUGCUGUGAUUUUGUGAUGACUCGUUUAAUGACUUUUGUUUUAGUGCCUCUGAGUGCUUUACCAAACUGAAACUAGAUACUGUUUUUGCCAUUUCUCUGCAGUUUUGCAAAUAUUGAGCAAUGCAGAAGAUGAAUGUGGAGUAAAAACUAAAUUAGCCCGUCUCUUUAAAUGAUGUAGGGCUUAGAUUGGCAACCAGGCUCUCCUCUCACCACAGGAAGUUGUACUUUUCAAGAAAAGCAAAACAGUUCAGUAUCUUGCAGACUGAAGGAGCUCCAUUCUUUCAGAUCAGUGUGAGAUCUGCUGGAGCUGGCUGCCGUCCUGCAGGGCCCAACCAUCUGAUGCAGCCUGCACCAUGUGGACCGGCUUCUCUUGUGCAAGGCAUCCCCUACGCACCCCACACUGUUAACACACCCUGCCGUACGCCAGAGCUUUGUUUGUGUCCAGAAAGAACAGGUGGUCUGUGCAAACAAGAGCAACUGUUUACACAUUAGUGAUUUAAAAUACAUUCUAUAUGCACGCAUGCGUGUGCACGUGCAUGAGUGUUUGUGUGUGUUUGUGUUAGUGACGGACGGCAUGUUGUCUUUGCAUGUGCAUGAUGAGGAUGAGCUAAGGAGACAGUGUUUAUAUUUCCCUGAGCUCCUCUGUGUGUGAGCGCAGAGGAGGCUCAUGAAUGCAAAGUCUGUGAUUAACACACACAAACACGCACGUGCACGCUGAGUUUGUCACAAUGGCAAAUUUCCACCUCAUGAUUAUUGUGUUCAGAAAAUUUCAGGGUAACAAUAUGUCAAAUAUUGUCAGAAAUGUCAGAAUCAAACCACACAACUGGUCAAAUUAAAGGAAGACAAGGCUAGGAUGGAGCGACAACUUACUUCAUAAACUUUACUAACUUUCUUACAUGUUAUCAUUUCUAACAAUGUUUACAUUUAGGGUUUAUCUGCCUCACCAAGCCCAUGACAGGAACUGCAAAUUAAACUAAAACACGUUGUCCUCUCCUGUGUGAUACUAACGUGUGUUCGAGGAGUCGUGAGGGAGGUUCCUGACUGAGGGAAACGACCCAGAGGUCUUUGAGUGUGGACCAUGAACAGAACUGUUCGAAUCUCGAAAAGGAAAAGGAAAGGAGCUGCAUUGCUCCCUUUAUGACUUUCUCUAGCAAAAGAAAUAUUGGAGCAACCUUUAGGAAAGGAAAAGAAGGAAAAUGACCCAGAAAUCUUAAAAUUCAACUUCCAAUUGAUCAAUUUUCAAAUGCUAAAAUUAGAGCAGUUAAAUUUAAACCAAUGCAAAGAUAGAGAGUGGAUAACAUUAAUUAUGAAACACAAUUGUUUUCUUAUUAAAGAUUUAAAUAUUUAAACCAAUAUCUAUGGCAGUGUAACAUUUUUAUUUGCAGUUUAUAAUAUUCACAUUACAAGAUACAAGAUAAAACAGCUUAUUUUAUGCUUACUGCCUAAUUGAUACAACAAACAGGACCUGAUUUUGUGACAUAAAAAAAUGAUAUUAUUAACAAUAACAGUUAGGCGGCUCAUAUUCAUAUGUAUUAAACUUUACAGGUGAUUUCUCAGAUCCUUCAACUGUCUCACCCUGUUCAGCAGCUCUGCCUCAUCACCUGAAAACGCCUGAAUGAUGUCGCACGUUUUACUGCAUAUGGCUGUGUGAACCUGCUGUAACUUGUACACUCACAUCCUCUGAGUGUAAGAGCAGUGAUAUACUCCGAAUAUACACCUUUUCUGUCUAGUAAAAUAAACUAUGAUCCACUUUGCUGUACUGUUACUUUAAGAGUAAGCAGCUAAAAGUCCUGUUGUGGUCCACAUGGAUCAGGGAUAGGCCAUAGGGGUUGUUCUGUGUUAAUGAUAAAUCAAUAUCCAGGAAGUAUUUCUUAUCUACACAAUCUGUAGAUCCGCCUCUUACAUGCUUGACAUCUAGAACAAUCUUCUCUGUCAAUUGACACAUGAUGGGCACAUGCUAGUGAUGGGUACAACCAAAUCACUCGGGAAGUCAUUCAGUUCAAUAUGUUCACUUAAAAGAUUUGUUCUUUUGAACGAAUCGUUCGCGAAUGACACACUAGCACAUGCUCUGUCAAAAAUAGACACGACUCGUAGAGACGCUUGUAGAACUGUGCUUAAAUGCGCUGUGAUGCAUCCUGUGUGUGGGGCAAUAUUGAUCAGAAUGGGUACAAACUGCUGCGUAGCAUGUGACACUGAUGGAAUGAGCUUAUUAAUAAUUAUUAAUAAUGAUAGUUUCAGCCUCUGUCUGAAACACUAUAUUUGGGCUUCUGUCUCUUUAACUGAAUAUGUUCAAAUUUUCACUAAAGUUUGUGAAUAAAAAGGAUUUUAGAAAAAAUAAGUUAUCACACAGGAACCCUUAAACCCCUUUAACGAUAUGACAGCCCCAUAUCUGACUGCAUCUUACACACUAACUGCUUUUAAAAUCAGCUUCAAGUGGACUCCUGAGGAACUGCAGUUUUUGCACUCCCCACAUUGGCUCAAUUUUCCAAAGGUUGCUGCUUGCUGCACACUCUGUGUAAUGAGGUUUCUUCUUUCAAAACACUCGUGCACACUCAUGUUCACACUCAUGUCUCCAACAGGCUCCAGUCCAGACACAGUCGAUCACCACUUUCAAACCUACUGCUCCAGUUUGGGUUUGGGUUUAUUUUUUUGGCUUUAGCUAAAUGAACUAAUUUUCCUCUUUUGCAGCUAUCUGCAUCACUGAAUGACACAAACUGAAUUGAAGCCUCCUUUCACUUGACAUGUGGAAAAGCUGACUCUCAAAUAUCUGCACGUCACCACUGCGCCACAUGAAUGCCAGAUUUAUUUUUACGGGGCAGGAGCCAGAUUUUUGAUAGUUGUAAAAGGAGUGGCAUAGAUUUACUGCAUCCACAACAAAUGUGUAUGUAUUCCUUUAUGAGUUCUUUAGCUAUUACUCACAAGGAGCCAGUUUGUCAGUGCUGUGUGUGCUCUUUCUGUGCUCCGUGCUCUUGCAGUAAUGAAUGGCGCUGGUUAGACUAUUCUGUCUCCGUCAGGCUUUUGGGGGGCCUACAGAGAAGCUCCUAUAGGGUUUCAUUAAUCCGCCUGUCAGAAAGUAUAUGGGUGCUAUCUUUUGUGCAGGUCAGGGUGGGCAGCUGUGUACCACUGCCCUCUUCCCUGUGCUCCUCUUCAUCCUCUGACAGGGCAGUCUGCAGGAUGGUCGGCUUCUGCUUUGGUGGGUGGGUGAGUGAGUGGGUGAAGUGAGGCACAGGGGGCAUAAUGCAUGGCGUGGGGCUGUUACUGUCUGCACAUAACGGCGCUCUGUAAUAAUGAAUAAAACAGUUGUUAUCUGCAGACUGGGAAUUUCAGGAAUCUUGAAAGUCAUGAUCUCGUGUUUUAUGAUUUUGAAGUAGGCAGAGGUAUGUCGUCAAGAAUGUGGGACAUCAACAUGAGAUUAUUACAGCGUAUAUAAGCACUCUGUGAACCAAGAGAUAUGUGCUCUAUUGAAAUAUUUCAUCCUCAUUUGCAUGAAUAAGUUUUGUUUAUGCUUAGUCUGCAUAAUUAAAUUGACUGCAUGUUUCAAAGCAUGAGUAAAAAAGUUCAAAAUUUUACAUCACUUAUCUAUCUAAGACUGAAACUUCUAUGUGGUCUUGACCGAGGCAAAAGAGGCCCAGAAUCCAAGGUGCUUAAAGGGAUAUUCCGGUGUAAAAUUACAACUUACCCACUCUCUUCCAGCAGCCGCGUGUUUGUAGGGAGAUCUCAGACAAGUCCAUUACUGAUGAUUAUUACUUCAAGGAAAUGAUAAAGUAAUGAUCAUAAAUGUUCCUUGAGCUGCGUCACCCCGCUGCAGUUGGUGAUGGACUUGUCCAAGGUCUGCGUACAAACAAGCGGCUGCUGAAGGAGAGUGGGUAAGUUGUGUUUAGUCUCUUUGCUAAAGAAAUCAGGCAAAGCUAAAAAGAUGUUUGAUUGCUAGUGCUAUGACUGGGACUCUGUAUGUACUGUUGAUGAAGUUAAGUGCUGUUCUGAGCAAUAUUCAUGGCUACAGAGUGGCUUUUUGGUUGAGGAUCCAACAGCCGCUGUGUAUUGCUAUCGUGUGGUCAUUACUAAAGUUGGUAUAACUAGAGAAGCAAGCAGUCGGCAACAUUCAUCUCUCGAGGGGGUGUCUAACUCAGUGUUAUGGUGUGUUUGACCAUAACUUAAAUUUACACCAGAAUAUCCCUUUAAGGUCCAGCAUGAAGUUUCUACAGUCUGUGGUGUGUUGGGGUACUAUGUCUUAAGUUGGUCAACUGUGUUUUAUCAAGUCUUGAGUCAACACAGUCUAAAGUCUACCAGGAGAUUUUAGAGACAUUCAUGCUUCAUCUGCUGAGAAGUUUUAUGGAGAUACAGAGUCCCUUUUCUAGCAGGAUUUGUUACUUGCCCACAUCGCCAACACUACUAAUAAAUCGUUUGUUGACCAUGAUACUACUGAACUUAAUUGUCUAGCCAACUGACUUGACCUGAGAGAUGAGAAAAUACACAAGGCUUCAUGGACUUCAGCAGAGCUUCAGGCUGAUCAUCUCCAUGCCGCAUCACAUAGAUGCAGGAAUGAACAGGAAAGAGUCCCAACCAAGUACUGAGGGUAGAAAGGAGCAUUCUCUGCAAAAACUGGACAUUUCUUUAUCUUAAAUUCUUUUUGCCGACUUUAGGAAAUAAUUUGAGAUACUGGACUUCUGGUUUUAGUGCAUUAAAAGGCAAAAUCAUCCAAAUUUUUAAUGAGGCUGAAGUAUUUCAUUUUAAGGGGAAUGAACAUUGGCUAAAUGAUGUCAUCCAUCUCCUUUUCUUGCUGGACACGAUGGAGUGGAGGGCUGAUGCACAUUUCUGUCCACUAGUUUAUCUUAUGGCACACAAAAACCAUCACUGCUUGUAAAAUAUGAUAAAAAUAUGAUGAAUAUUUUAGUCUGUAUUGUCAGUCAUGCUUUCUAUCCAGCUAUAAUCAGAUUUGUAGUUCAUUUUCACACCGUGUUGUAGUUUUCUUCCUCUUCUCGCUCAUACAUCUUAUCUCAUUUCAGAUCUCGACGGCUGUGUUACUGUAACUGUUGGUUGCUGGCUUAUGUAAAUGUUUGUGCUGCAUUCAUUGUAGCUUUCAGCUCCACCGUGCACAUAAAUUAUUAAUGCUUAACUGCCCUUAAAAAGAAACAUGAAAUAUGCACUUCUGAUCUAUAAAUUUCAGCUGCUUGUUUCAUUCCAGUGUCACCUCUUCAUGGAUUUACAAUACUGUCCAUCCAUCCUAGCUGACAAUAUGCUGCAACACAACAUAGAAAGAUCCCGCUCACUGCUCUGAUAUGGAGCAGAAAUGCUGAAUCUUGAUUCUGUCUGUGGUAAAAUACCUGAAACAGUGUUGGAUUUCAUCUGAUCUGGGAUCAUCUAGCUCUUAAAGCUGCUCUGACUCUGUAUCUGUCAUAUUUUUUUCCUUUUAUUACCUUCUGCUAAACCACACCUGCUCCUUGUUCGACUAUGCACAGCCACACCUAAGAGCCGCCAUUGUGACAUGAUGCUUAAUAACAAUCAGGCUCUGUCUCAAUCUGCUGCAAAAAGAGUCUAAUCCAGUCUGACAGAGAAACACCUGAUGGCCCUGCACGCCGCUCUGACUAUCCAUACACAACCACACACACACACGCUCUUACACACACUCUGAUGAAGGUUUUCUGUCCGCUUGCUUUGCUUAGUUAAUCAGAGGAAUACCACUUUAGCAGAUAUAAAGUGGAUCCAGUGUAUGCUAAUAUCAUUCGCUCUCUUACUCCCUGUCAGGUAUGAUUAGGUCGGACUUUGUUCGCUGAUUCAGAGCAGACGUGCUGCUCACACCUGUGAGGUUUAGCGAAUAUUUUCACAACUGAAUGACUGCUGUGGAUCAUCCACAGCAGCAGGUGGUUCUGACUCUGCUACAGAGGUUUUUCUCUGAGAGCUGUUAGGUUUGGUUAGUCUCAAGGACUCAAAGAUUGAAAAGGACUGAAACAUUUCUUGUUUGAUCAAGAAUUUAGCUCAUUUUUGAUUUAAUACCAGCCACAUGUUUCAGAAAAGUAUUGACACUGGGGCAACAAAGGUCUGAAUGAAAGAUGUGAAAAGCUGAAAAAACAGCUGGAUGAACACAUUCACAACUGAGGUGAAAACUGAGCCAUGAAAAGAGGAAACCAGAUAGAAUCAUGAUCCAGAACCACCAGAGACUUCUCUUGACCUGAGCUCAUUUAAGCUGGACUGAGGUGAAGAGGAAAACUGUCAAAAUCUGACACUCUAUUUGGCAAUCAUGGAUCCUGCAUCCUCCUCUCUCAAGAGAAGAGGGUCCACUUAGCUUGUUAUCAGCUCCCAGUCCAAAUCCAGCAUCCCUGAUGGUAUGGGGAUCAUCAGAGUCCAUGUCAUGGGUAUCUUCCACAUCUGUGAAGGCUCCAUUAAUGCUGAACAAUAUCUACAGGUUCAGGAGCAACAUCUGCUGCCAUCCAGACAAAGACUUUUUCAGGGGAGACCUUCAUAUUUCAGCAAGACAAUGACAAACCACAUUCUGACAACAGGGAUUACAACAGCAUGGCUCUGUAGUAGAAGAGUCCUGCUGAUAAACUGGUCCGCCUGCAGUCCUGACUAGGGUUGGGUAUUGUAUUAUUUUGAACGAUUCUGGUUCCGAUUCCUCGUUUCAAUUCCGGUUCCUAACGAUUCUCUAUUCCGAUUCUUUUAUAAGGAUUUUAAAAAAUUCAUGGUUUUAAUGAGGGUGCUAACCGAAGUUCUUUUUGGAUGAAAUUUCUGAACUUCUCCAUGAAUUUCUCAAUUCUAUUAACUUAUUAAGAACUUUUGGAUUUCUCACAGGGCUAUUUUCAACCAGGAUAUGAAUUUCAGUUUUUGUUCUCAGGUGGUUUGUCUAUGAAAAAGUACAAGGGCUAACGUUCGUUGGAUAUUUAAGUUGACCCACAGUACACAGUACAAUUUGUUUGCCGCUUUAAAGCAGGGCUCUCAAGUUUUGAACUAGACUUGGAGUGAGAUUUUUUAUUUUAUUUAUUUAUUUAUUGAGUGAUUGAAGAUAAUGUAAUUAUCCAAUGAAUACAAUGGAGUAUAAGGGCCACGUUAAGAAAAAAAAAAAAAGGAGACUUUGAGACUUAAGUCAUUAUUCAUGAGAAUAUAGUCAUAACUAACGAGACCAAAGUCAUUCAUUUAUGAGAAUAAAUUAGUAAAGUUACCUGUUGUGGAGGAGAGUUGUUAAAAUGAGGCUGUGGAGCAUUCGGAUGAAUUCUACUUCAGUAUAGGUUUCACAAACAUGGAGGUACUUAUUCCUUUGGCACUGUUAAUGUUAACAGCUGUUAAUAGCAAUUACAUAAGGCUUUAGUUUAUCAUAUGAGUCUAUAUGCCAUGAUGUGUUGAGGCCUCUGCAUAUGUAGGUAACUAAUUUACUGUAAUCCGGGUCUUUUUCGUCCUUAUGAAACUUGCUUCAUUUCGGCGAGUGUCCGUCUUCAAAAUCUACCCAGAUACAGCAAUGCUACGUUUUGAUUAGCUGUUGGUAGAUAUACCUUAUUUGAUUGGCUUGCACAUGGCACGCAGCUUCUUAACUCUCGGGGGAACUGACUUAAUUCCUACCGUUGUUUAAGAGGUGCAAUUUGGUAAACGUCACUGUGGUAAUUUAAAUGCAUGAGAAAUACAAUAUGUGGCGUGUGAGCGUGUGAACAGGUGGGAAUGCGUGUGUCACACGCCCAAUGUGUGAGACUCGAGAGCCCUGUCAAAGUUAGCAGAAGACAGAAGUAAUUUAUUUUUUCACUAACCUGAUUCUGUCUGGUUAGCGGAAGACCGGCGAAGCGCGUAAAAGACGAGCACUCAGGUAUAUGUCCUCCACGAAUCCUGAGGUGUUUAAUUUUGUUGGUCGCUCACCCUCCUUUGCAUGAAAUAACGGUGUUGCUAAUGUUCCACUGAGAUAAGAGUUCAUUCUUCCUGCUAAAGUUAGCCAAACUUUUGACUGCCGCCGCUGCGGGCUGCGGGUUGCAGUGCACUCUCUCUCUCUCUCUGUCUCUAUUCUCUCUGUGUGUGGCUUCGUCUCAAACGCUUCUUCCCCGUUGGUGUUUAGCGGCGUCUUCCUCGUUGGUGUUCGGCGGCUAUUUCUUCCGGUCGGCGGACUCCGGCAUCGAAACUUCAAAUCGAAAUUUAAAAAUUUGAACGAUUCCGGGGGAAUCGGAAUGUUAGUCCCGGUCCCCAUCGAUGCUCGAGACUCGAUGCCCAACUCUGGUCCUGACUUGUCCCCCAUUGAAAACAUUUGGAGCGUCAUGACACCAAAAAACAGGACUCAGGAGACCCUGAACUGGUGAGCAGAUGAAAUCCUCUCAGUCGAGAACGGGACAACAUUUGACUUUCAGACUCCAGAACCUGGUCUGCUAGGUUCACUUAGCUUUACAGAGCGUUGGUUAAAGAUUAGCUGAUAGUGUUGUGUCAUUCGCGAACGUUUUGUUUAAGAGAACCGAAUCUUUUAAGUGAACGUACUGAACCGAAUCACUUCCUCGAGUGAUUCGUUUGUUUCUCACUUCAGUUGACCUGAAGUGAGAAACAGCAUUGCCAGGCCAGCAGCCGGCGAACAAGCGACCACAUGCACCAACGCCUGUGGAUCACUUGGUGAACGAAUCGCACGUUGACCUACAAUCUCUGGAAUCAUUUUUGUCUGACAAAACUACCCUUUUUUUUCAUUUUACUGCUAAAUUGCCACCACAACAUCUCGCAUACAAUAGGACACAGCAUGUAACAAGUAUUAGACCCGCAGCAUCCUAUCAUCGCAGCGGUUUGCGAGGCAACGGUGCAUGCUCAGUGUGAAUUCUUCUAAACGUUCAGUAAACGAAUCACUCACUGAGCCCAAUUUACCGAGCAGACCUGAUAAAUAGCAUACCAUAGGACCGUACACUUAAAACAUCAUGACUUCUGAACAAGUUCAUUUUUAAAAACCUGUUUUCCAAAGCAACACAGCCAAACACUCUGGUCUCCCAGUCCCAGAAGCCAUGAAUUGAACUGAAUCCUGAAACGUUCAGCUGUAUAUCGGUUCAGGAGGUCGGAGUCGCAGGCUUCUCCUGCUAAAUGAUUCGGUGAUUUGGUAAUCGAAUCUUUAGAACGAAUUUUUUUAGUGAACUGAUUCUAGUGAUUCAGUAUACUGCCGUGCCCAUCACUAUUAGCUGAGAUGAAAAACCCCUCUGUAAGAACUUUUGAUUUUUUUUUUUUUUAGCUGGUCUCAAACUUGAAAUGAGCUCACGUUUUGUCUUUACACUAUUUUAAAGCUCUUUGAUUAUCGUCUCACUCGUCAUGUUUCCAGCCCACUGGUUGGAAGCGUCAGUAAAAUGCAGUUACACAGAAGUCAGAGUUACUCCCCAAGACUCUGCAGAGGCAAAAGUGUGUGAAGUUGGAUCGAUCAAUCAUUAUUGAUCAGACACAGGCUUCAGAAUAGAUGCGCUGAACAGUGUCACAGCUUACACUACAGCGAUGACAUUUAUAGGAGCGAUAACAAUUCAAAUAGGCGCGAUCCUUGAGAGUGGAUGUGAGGAAGAGGAACCAUCUCCCCUUUUCUGCUUUGACCUGAGCGUUCAGCACUAACAGGUUAAGGAAUAUGAAGUGGAUUUGUGAUACCGAGGUUUUAUUUCCUCACUUUUUUUCCCCGUCAGAUCUGAUUAGAAAGGCACCGUAUGCUUACAUUGAUUUCUGAUCUCGGCUCAGAGCGGACCCUGCUGUCAGCUCUUUAUCUGUGUGGGUUUGUGUACAUCAUUUUCAUGACUGACUGAGGUUGCAGUCCAGGAUGAUGUAAGCCUGUGUUAAUUCAGUGUGGACAGUGCAGGCUUUGUUCUGUGCCCUUUGGAGCUGCAGCAGAGCUGUGCAGGGCUCGCUUAUGUGACCUCUACCAUUGUAGCACCGUGUGAAUUUGAAGCUUUGUUUUUCUGCUACAGUCGGAUGAAAGAAGAGGAAGCUGAGCAGGGGAAGAGAGAAGCAUAUUUUAUCUUUCUAUUUAAAUAUUCUUCCUUUAACUUUACUUUGCAUUUUUGCAUCAUCAAGUUGUUUAUUCCCCUUAGUGCUCCCUGAGUGUGACAUAAUUAUUCAGGUAAAGGUUUUAUUCAAAUAUGCAUCAGACCUGAUGAGAAAAGCUCAACUCUUCUACUUUAAUCUUUCUUUAAAAAAAAAAAGCGUUUCAUGAUUUGUGAGAUGCAAAGGAAGGCCGAGUGGAAGCAGACACUCUUUGAUGUUUGUGCUGCUUUAGUAUUAUGUGUCAGAACAAAAAUGAGAUCAAGACAAAGAUUUUCACCUGAGUAAAGAUGAGACAUUUGUUGAGGAAGCCUUUGUGGUUAGACUUAAUCAGCAUUUUUACCGUCUCCAACAAUAAUCUGAAACCACAGCUACACUUACUCACAGGAUGAGGAGACCUGCUCUGCUCAGCUUCCUGACCUAUUUGUGGUGCGACUAAAGUACAGAUUUACUUCAGAGACGGCUCAAAACGACUCUCACAUUUAUUUGACUUUUCAGAGACCGUGUGCUUGGUGUCUGUCUUGAAUAAUUCCUCUGUUUCCGCAGACUUGAAAAGCUCUAAAUGUGUGUUUUGUUUCCUUCCUAGGUCUGAGCUUCGACAAACAGACUUUUAAUGUGAGCAGCAUGAAUCCACAUCCUGUUUGAGCAGAAUAAGAGCAAACAGUCAGCACACAGUUCACUGCUCGCCCCUGACCGCCAUACUGUAACAUCAGCAGGCCCUGAAAGGACAGCUUCAUUACCCCGUCCACCCACCCAAUUAGGAACCAGAUGGCGCUUCUGGCCAAUCAGAUAAUGGAUGCUCGGAUCCUAAGCAGCAUGAACGGGAGGGCAGAGCUGUCCCAGUUCUUGAGAGUCGCCAACCCGAGCAUGAUCCCACAGGUGAACUCCGCCCAGGACGACAACCGCAAGAACAGGAAGUACCCCUGCCCGCUUUGUGGGAAGCGUUUCCGCUUUAACAGCAUCCUCUCGCUGCACAUGCGCACGCACACCGGGGAGAAGCCCUUCAAGUGUCCAUACUGCGACCACAGGGCCGCACAGAAGGGCAACCUCAAGAUACACCUCCGCACUCACAAGCAAGGCAUUAUGGGUAAAGGCAGAGGGCGAGUCAGGGAGGAGAACAGGCUGCUUCAUGAGCUGGAGGAGAGAGCGAUACUUCGAGACAGGCAGACACGAGGCGGAAGCGGCGUUAACCAGCAAAUGCCAACCCAGCUCCAGCUUUCACAGACGGUCUCAGCACAGCCCCAGUUCUUACCCCCUGCUGAGAUACAGCCGCACGCAUCCUCGUCUCCCACAGCGACAACCCUCCCUGAUGAUGCCAUCCUACCACAACCCAACGGAUACCGCUGCUCCUUCUGCAAGGGCAAGUUCAGGAAGCAGCAGGAGCUAGAGCGCCACAUUAGGAUCCUGCACAAACCAUACAAGUGCACCCUGUGCGAGUUUGCUGCCUCACAAGAGGAGGAGCUGAUCGGACACGUGGAGACGACUCACAUAACCGCAGAGUCAGGGUCAGGGCAGAAACCUGCGAUGGCAGGGGGUGAGAAGAAGAAGCCUCUGGGGGAGUUCCCUUGCGAGGUUUGUGGGCAGACCUUCAGCCAGGCCUGGUUCCUGAAGGGUCACAUGAGGAAACACAAGGACUCCUUUGAGCACAGCUGUCAGAUCUGUGGACGGCGCUUUAAGGAGCCCUGGUUUCUCAAGAACCACAUGAAGGUGCACCUGAACAAGCUGGCUGCAAAGCGCGCCCUCCCAUCUGAGCAUGAACCCUCUGUGAACAUGAGUCACCUGACCCCGGACCACCAGAGCAAUGUCUACUCCCAGUACAUCUCCCGCAUCCACAACAGGUUCCUCACGGCAGAGAUGACCGAGCAUCAAGAUUAUAACUCCAUGUUUGCCACUGCCGGCAUCGACAUGAAGGUUAGGGAGAUGUUAGGGAGGAUGAUUUCCUCGGGUCCAGGUCUGACAGAGGCAGACAGCUGCUCUUUUCUGGGUUUAAAUCAUCCCCAUCACCCAGCGAGCUCCAGCAGCAUGGAGUUCCUGCAGAAAGUCAUGUCGAGCAGAGAGACGCUGAGCAGCAGCGGUAGCAGCAGCUUCUCGGGCUGGCAGAUCAUGACUCCGGGUCUGCCUGUGGAUCAGCAGGUAUUCAGCCCCAAAGAGCAGCACUGCUCCUCCCUCCUGCCGGAGAGAUGUCUCCCUGUGGACGAGGGGAAAGUGUGUCUCACUGACUCAGACACAAAGACCAUCAGCAGACCAGGCAGCCCCAUCAGUCUGACUCAUCAUGGACCAGCAGGGACCAGCACAGAGACUGGGAACCUCUCUGACGGCACCCCUGAUCGACGGCCAAAGUCCUGCUCUCCUGCUGCAGGUAAUUAGCUCAUGCAGGGUACUUUGUUCAGUGUUUGGAAAUGCAUUUUAAAUUUAGUAAUCCAUCUGUGAUAUUGCACGACAAAAACCACAAAGACGAUUAAAAAAGUCAUAAACCGGUGUUUUGAAAAUAGUGGGUAAGUAUAUAGGUCAUGGUGUUCAAAUGGGACGACUUCUUUACGUGACAUGGGCAAACAAAUGGAAACUUGCACUACAUGCCAAAAUGCUUUAUGUAUGAUAGCCUCAAAAGUCUGAAUAUAGAUUAGAUAUUCAUCACUUAAAGCCUUUUAUUGCAGGAAAAGCCCAAACAUCCAGAUAUUUCUUCUGUAAUUCUUCCAGAAUCCAGAUCUUCUCCUGAGCAUAUCUGGAGAUUUUUCUGAUGUGCCUCAAGUUCAGUCAAAUACUGAGCAGGAUAUUCAAUAUUCUGUUGGAAAUUAACACACGCCAUGCAACAGAUGUGAGUAGAUUUUUCAUUAUGGAAAUAAUUUUCCUAAGGCUGCUUGCCAUGGUGCAAGUAAAUCUAAGUACUACACAAGUUCUGUGAAAAAAAGCCAAAUCUGAGUUCUUGCAGCUUCCUGUGUACCUGCCACUUCUGCCUUCUACUCCUGCGGUAUGCAUGGUGAAACUCUGCGGUACGGGCUGAUGCAUGUAAACUUAAUGUAAAUUUCACAGUAUGCAGACAGCAAAAUCAGGCACAAAGCACUACUUUUUUACCAUGCAGGAAAUGAGCAACCCUGAACCGAGGCUUAAAUAUGGCAGUCAGCAUGAUGCAGCUUCUUAGACAAAAGGAUGUAUCUUUUAAUGUGUGGCAAAAUGCUUGAGCAUAUGAGAUACGAUAAGAAGAACUUUAUUCAUAUACAAAGGGAAAUUCAAUUGACUCAAUAUUCAAUAUAAGAGGAAAGACAUUCAGUUUGCUUUAAAAUUACGUAACUCUAUGCUCGGGUAGUUUGAAACAGGUCCCAUCCCCAGACUUCAGAUAUUAUGUUUUGCAAUACUGCUGUAGUUCAGUACCCAGAAUUUACCAGAUUUGAGAGAGAGUAACAUUGUCUUUUUCUGGAUUAUUCUGCACAUUGUUUUUGGCAAUCUAUACAUCAGCUGACGCUAAAGUGGCAGAUGGAAAAUGCAUAAAAGGUGACCCCGGUGUUAAUGAAGUGGCACUUUUAUAAUUUGCGAGGUUUCUUUUUCUUUGUAGGAUUAAAUGUUGGUAGACGGGGAACUGAUCCGAGCUCUGGCGAAGACGACACUCUUACAUAAAACCAUCCAAAAAUAUCACAACAAUGAACCACAUUCAUGUGUGUGCGUUUGUUUCUAUGCGUCCUGAAAAAAAACAGAGUUAUGAAGUGACAGCUGUGGCCUCAUCUUUCUUCUAUUUAACGUAGGUGUCCGUGCAGCGCGGGGUCAGUAACACCAGCAGUGAUAUUACUGUCAUCACGAGGACUUGGUCUUCUUUUUAAAGAUAAUGGCAUCAUGUUGAAAGCAGGGAUAAUUAGUACCCUCUAUUUUUUAUCCGUCACAUCCCCACCCCUUGCCUACGGGGGCACAAGAUGUUAAUGCAUGCCAUCUGGUGUUUUUAAUGAUUUGAUAUAUACCACCCAGUGAUUUUUAUGAUUUGAUCUACCACCUGGUAUUUUUAUUGAUAGUCUUCUGUUCCACCUGGUGAUUCGGAUGAUUCGGCUCUCUGGGUAAAUGCCUUUCUUGUCAUGGCAUCCUGCUAACAUGUUAUCAUGAGCCUAAAUUACAGCUUUAACAGCGCUGCAAAGAGCAGAGAAAUAAAUCCAAACUUUUGUUCUCUCUCCUCAAAGCUUUCCACAUUGAUUACACUGCUCUUAUGUACAUCUAAGUCUGAUGCGCUCUGGUGGGAUUGCAUUCCGUAUCCUCUUAAAUGUUAGGCCGUAUAGCAGAGAUAAAUGGAUCAGGUCUAAUCUCAUUAGAUGUUUUGUUUCCAUAUUGUGCGCACAUGCUUGUAUCUGCAUAUUUACAUGAAUUCUUGCAGUUUACGGCCAAAUCCCUCUCUGGUUGCUCUUUAAGAAACAUAUUCAAGCUCUAUUGUUUUUACUUUUCCCUUCUCCCCUAUCGCCCAGACCAUACGGUGUCACUUCCAGAAACAUUUAUGAUCGCCUGCUAGCCGAGGAUUUGAGUGCACACAGUUCUGGGAUGCUACAUUCAGUAUCAGACUCUAAUUUCAGUCAAUAUUAAGCAUGGAAACUAAUUCAUUGUAAAGGUCAGGCGUCAUUGCUUUAGUCAAUGAUGGAUCCGGCAGGCUCCCUCUCCCCCUCUCCCCCCUCUCUCCUCUCUGUUCUUAGGCUUGUGUAAUGGUAGACUCACUCUGGGGGCUUAGCACCGCAUUGUUUAGCUCUGACAAUAUAUCCCAGAGACCUCUGCAGCUGCUCCCCGCGCUCACAAUGACAGAUUAAUUAACACAAUCACACGCUGCUGGCCCUGGCUCAACACACAGGUCUGCUGCGGGACAGAUAGGUAAAUCCUACACAUAUGGAGAACACGCACCACUUGAUGAGGGUUUAAUAACAGGGAUAAGUUUUUUGGGAGGUGGGGGGUUGUAACUGAUCGAGCCCGUCUUUCUCUCUGUCUGUGUGUCCGGAUGGUCGGACGUGGAAGGAGGAAGAGAGCGAGUGUUUUCUAAUUCAGGAGAGCGGAGAUGCUGGGGAAGAAUUACCACUGCCAGAUGUUCAGCUUGAGGAACAUUGAUUAGUCCAGAAUUACUGGCUGCAUUAUUCAUAGUCAGCCUAUGGUGGUCAUGAAGUUAUUGAUGCUCUCAAUAUGGAUGGCAAAUAUAGUACAGUCACGCCUGUCAGAAAGAAAGAGAAAGAGAGAGAUGGAGGGGGGGCCGCCUCUGUCUGGAUUUAGAUUUUUCACUGCAAACGUCUUAAAUGAGGAGUCAAGCUUUGAUUUGAAUAGAAAAAUACUCCUUCAAUGUGUCAUCAGGAGAGAUUUGAAGAUGCACUCUGACUUUAAUUAUGAUCUGAGACGAAGAAUAAGGACUCUGCUUAAAAUGAUAAACUAAUGAAGGGUGCACGCUGCAGGCCUCUGACCUACAUUGGCCCGGCUCAGACUAAAAACAUGCCUAACAAACAUAAAAUGCUCUGACAGUUAUUAAUUAGUCCCAUUCAAAACUCUUAACCUCGAGGUCAGCGUGCAGACACCAUGUAAUGAUGUUGUCCCUGCAUGUGUUUUGUCCUUUUUACUGUAAAUGUUACGGCUCAGAGCGGCUGAAUCGAAGAGAAACAUGAGCCGAGGUUUUGCUCAGAGUAUCACUUUACGAUGGCGUCUCUUCCUGUUAGAUUAGUCUAUUCUUUCUGAUUGGGAGCAUCUCUCACAUAGAUAAAGCCGUCCUUAUCUGUCUCAGAGCUGUGUCGAGCUCUACAAAAUCAGCUCUUUUCCAGAGAUCAGAGCCAGUCUGACGGGUUUGUCUGCACUGAUUACCUGUUGGCUUUUCUGUCUCCCUCUCACUUCUGUCUUUUAAUCCUCUUUUUAAUUAUUAUUGCAGAUAUGAGGCUCAAAUUAAGCUCAAAAUGCUUGUUUUCCUAGCAUGCAGAUAAAAAGAUUUACCCAGGGAGUUCUGAACACCUGCCUUGAAAUAUUGUUCCACCGUCUCCUGAAUGCCAUUUGGCUUAAUUGACUUGGAAACGUCCCAAAUGCGUCAUUGACUAUGUGGUCUAAUUAAUAUUAAUAAUAUAUGCUAUUAUAAACAUCAAAGAACAUCUGGUGCCCCUGUUUUUCUCACCACUCUCUUUCCCUCUCACUCUGUUUCAUCUUAAACCAAAGCAUGUAUCUCUGCUCUGCAUUUCAGGUGCAGCUUUAUUACAAAUAUACAGAGAGAGCCAAAGCUGCACCUUAUGCCGAGUUUGAUACCUACAAUAUAACUGCCUGUGUAAGCAGAGUAUGUGAGCCUGUGAUUGCAUUGACGCUGAUGUAUGGCUGUAAAUCUUGAAGCCUAUUUCCAUAUGAAAUGAAUCACUUGUCCAAGCCCAGCUGCAUGCUUUCUCCACACUCACUUCAAGCUUUUUUCACAUGUAUUUAUUUACCUCUCUCUCUCUCUCUUUCCGCCUCGCACAUCCAGUAAGGGCGGAUAACUGGUACGCAUCACUUCAUUAGACGCUCUGUGUUAGGUGAGAGAGGCUGCGGUUUGUAAUGAUGCAGUAAUUGGAGUUUUGGUUGAUAAAUCUAAGCUCUAAAAUUACUCCCCUCACAUAAUGUGAGCCUCGGCAGUGUAAGUAAAUCUUAAACUGAUUAAGUUAGCAUGAACCAGGCAAUCACAAAGAUGGCACCCGUCCAAAAGAGGAGAAAAGAGGCAGAGUCUUCAGUCUUUGUGUUGUUUUACUGCUCUGGUUGAGGCUCUAAAUGGCUUCAGGAAGAAGGUCCACACUGAGAGAUGAGGUCAGACGUGUGUGUUGUCUGCAUUUGGAGUUGAACCCGUCGUAAUUUAAGACAGAAUAAUGGAGAUAAACAGCGUGUCUGAAACUCUUCCAUUAAGCUGUUUGGAAUUUUUUUUUUUGUCUCUUACUGGAGACGAGGGUGUGGCGCUGUUGAAGCCUCUUUCCCGCUCUUCGCCACAUACAUUAAAUGUUCACCAGCAUUAAAUCAAAGUUUCUGUUUGAGCUGCUGUCUGGACCGAAUGCAGGUUUAAAUCAUUAUCACACUUAUUCUGAUCAUUUUAGAGAUCAUGCCAUUUAUGAAAAUGUAACUUUUUUUUUAUGUUUAUUCUUUGCGUUGAAUUAAAAAAAAACAAAAAAACUUUGACUUAAUUUUGACGAAAUUGAAGCUCCAUUCAUUUUAUCACAGCAUAGAUAUAACCCAGUGUAUAGUCUAUGACCCUCAUCUCUAAAACGGAAACUUUUUAUUAAAUUUGGAUGAAUGAAUCAAACAUUUUGAAAUAAUCAGUAUCUGCUGCACUCACAAGACUGAUUAAAAAUAGAUCUGCAGACACUGCAGGCAGCUUUGUAGGUGUUGCUGCUGUUAAGCAUUAACAUCCAUCUGAAUGGUAAAUCACGUUUUCCAUCUUAAAUGACACCAAAUCUCAAACAGUCACUGAUGGUGUUAAAUAUGAAUUCUAUUUUGACAAAUUACUGAUUUGUACGUGCACAAAUAUGGUGGGUUCCUGGUCUGUUCAGGUCUGCUAGGGAGGUUUGAUUAAAUGUUUGUAAGGAAAGUUCACUGUUCUUAUUCCUGCAGCUCAGGUAAAUGAAUGUGUGAAGCCAAUAAACAUGAUGAUCUCUCACAGAGAUGUCCUUUAUGCAUUGGCGUAAUUUUUUUCUACGGUGUUCUGACUUAACAGACUAGUUUCUCCACCUACUGGUCUGGCAUGCUUAUUUGAACAUUUUCAAUCACUGAUGAGUUCUCAUGUGGUUUUCAAAUCAAGUGCAGCCCAGCAUGAAGACGUCCUCGGUGUCAGCUGUUUUUUUUUUUUUGUCCCUGCACUCUCAGCUGAAAAUAGUUCAACUUAGCAACAUCAUUAAUGUCGAGUCAAGACCACCGACCAAUCAGAAUCAAGAAUGGGCAGGACUUCUGUCAAUGUCUUUGUCAACCACAGUGGUAGAGGACAGGAAGUGAUAACUGUGGUCUUAUGGAGGUACAUUAAAAAAGGACUACAAAUAUGUAAACCAGUGUAAUAUAUAAGCUAUCAGCUGACCUGCUUCGCAGUUAAAAACAUACAAAGCAAAUGUAAGAAUCAUUUGUAACAUUUGUCGUUCGCUCACUAUAGUGGUUUGCUACCGGCUGGACUACUGUCAGAACAGAAAACCAGCGCGGUCUGGCCCAACAUACUGCUAGACAGAUUCACCAGAAUACUCAUACUAUGUACUUGUAGGUGUCAAAAACAGCCAGACUUUUGAGUCUUAAAAAUGGAGGCUAAAAAAAUACUUACAGGAUGGAAAUUUUUAAAAACUCUUUUUUGUGUGUGUUGAUGUGGUCUGCACAGGAAACAGCUGACACAGUUUAAAAUGCUCACAUGGUAAUCAAUCCAUCACGUCAAACCCUAAAGAUGAUAAUGUGUGGAGCGACAGUUGUGAACAGAGUUCCUUAAACUAUUAAUUUUGAUAUAAUAAUUCACCCUUGUGCAGUGGUAUAAUGACGAAGAACUGAAUUUGUGUCUUACAGCGUGCAAUCUCUACAUCCUUGAUGAGGGAUAAAUAGAAAUACAGAUGUGUGAAUAUUUAUCUAUCAUUGAUCUACAAACAGUAUUCCAUCACCAUCUACCUCUGGUGUUUAAGAAUAACUGUAUUGAAGUUGUUGUGCUUAAACUGACUUCUCUGGUGAGUGGUGAAACCAGCCCUAACGAUGUUCCUGUUUACCCCUCCUAUGGGGUAAGUCGCAAAGUUUGACUUUUCGACACUUUUGGAACAACUGUGCAAAAGCUGAAGAAUAUAAAAACACAGUUUACACAGAGAUGUAUAUGUUGGUAUAAUAAAUUCAUGAUCUGACUCAAUAUUGUAGAAAUUAUUUAGCCAGAUUCAAAAUGUGUUUCAGAGUCCUGAUGGUGUACGCCACUUGGACUUGGAUUAAAAAACAGGUUUAAGAAACGCAGGCAGAGUGUGUUUGGAGAAGACAGCAUUUGAGAUUUGAGAUUUAUUUCUUAUUUUAAAAAUGGACAAUAUGCAUUAAUAAACAUUUACAUGUAAAUAAAUUAGAUUCUAGCCAGGUGGCUGAUUUCCGUCCCCAGUCCCAUUGGCAGGUCGGUGUCAACACAUAAAACAACAACAAACAGUAGAUCGAAAAUGUACUUAAAAAAAUUGAACAUUAUGUGAAUCAUAGUAAUUAAAUUAAUGAUGUUAUUUUUAAUCACUGAUCCCACACAUGCAGAGAUUUUUACAGAAGCAUUCGUGCUUCUAGGGCUAAAACGUGGCGGCCAUGAUGAUUCGAUUGAACUCUGCAGCUCUAAUUUAAACACAUGUAGAUACACAGGGUGAUUGACUCCAGAUCCAGGACACAAAUCUGCCAUUUCAGCAGUGAUUUUUCCAGUUUCACAAGUUUCAGCUCGAUUUCAUUAACAUGAGGGUGUUACUUUAUGGUUUCUUACGUUUUAAAGCUGUAAAAAUCUGCCCUCCUGCUCGUCCCUCAGAGGUGGUUCUUCUAUUAAAGUUUGAAACAAAGUAAAGGAGCAAGUACAGAUCAUUAGAUUUAGAUUUACCUCUGAGAAUGAGCUCAGGGUCAGAUCUUGAGGUGUAUGAAAUUGAUAUUUCUCUGGCGGGGAUGAAUCACUGUUGUAACUCAGAUAUUAGUCCAUUAAAGAAGAACAAUAAGGCAUCAAUAUGCAUAGAAUUAAAUUAAUGGUGGUGGGUUUAUCUCCCCAUCCCAGACGCAUCCCUAAAAGACACAGUAUAAUGUAUGACCUGACCUUCAAAUGCCAGGAGAGUGUUGGGCAAUAAACUGCCAAUAUUUGUGGCUUAAUGGCGUCGGAUGACUUUUACUGUAAUUGGAAUGGCAGCGAAACAGCUGGGCUGUUUAAAGACAGAGCGAGGCCGAGGUCUCCCACAAUCACUAACUCAAAAAGCUCACAGGGAGUGUGUUUAACCCUGAAGACAUGUCUGCGAUGGCUGUGAGGAUUAAACUGUAGGUAAACAGAGGGACUCCGACAUUUAAAUCACCUUUAAUUAAAAGUUAUAGCGAGCAGGAUCAGAUCCGGUUUCCACGCGGACAUUUUUCAGCGGCUAAAAGGAGAAAAAUUACCCUUUGUCACUCUUUGCCAUAAUACACUUUGUACUUUAUGAAUUAUGGUUCCAACACACCAUUUUUCAAGAGUGAAGCAGAAAUAAACUCAGCUUCAGAGCAGGGAGCGGUUAAUCAGAGCCGCUCAUGUUGGGCUUUGUUUCUUCUGACUGGGAAACCCACUUACUGGUUUUGAUGGAAUGGGGUUCUUGUGGGCGACAUCUGCCUGGUUGUAGUUGUUUUAAAUGUUCACAGUUUAUUAUUUCUGGAAGAAUCUCGUUUGCUGUUAACAUCUUUGGGUGUAUUUAUUGCACACGGUGGUGGCGUCCAUACUGUAAAAUGAUGGAUCACUGGAGCUGAAAGCUGAUUACAAGCUUGAUUUACUGCAGGGCAGCGCUUAAAUCAUUCAACUCAGCCUGCUGCAGGAUUGCAACAUUUUUCAUGUUUAGACAACAGUUGUUGGUACAAACAUUUCUCACAACAAAACGCUCACUCUGCCUCUUAUACACUGUUUCCUAAUUUAAUCCAGAUCCUGUUAUGUCUGCUGUUAUUCUCUGUCUCAGGUGAGAAAGUCUACAGGUGUCCGAUCUCCUCCGACUUUACCGCUGCACAGUCUGCCUCCCUGGGCUUUCAUCUGGAUCGCUACCACUUCCCCUCCUGGCAAACCAGCAGAGACCUCUCCUCACCACUGCAGCACGCCAGCAGCAAGAGCUCCAGCCCUAAUCCCAACCACAAGCUCAGACCCAGGUCCAGGGAGGACUGGAGCCCAGCUGCAGGUCUCUAUCACGGUCUGGAGAGCCACAGCGAGAACUCCCUGCUUGUCAAUAAGCAGGCCGAGCGCCCUGACAGAGACGCAGGAGGAGAAAUCUCUGCUCAAACCAGGAAGUCCCAGUACGAACCUUUAGAUCUGUCAGUCAGGACAGAGUCUGUGUUGUCUCAUUCAAGUGUUUUCAGUAACGGACUCUCCUCUUCCUCCGUUGCCCGUCGGCUGCAAAGUUACCCCAACACUGCAACCGAACUCUGCGUGAAACCUUCAUACCAGAGUGACCUUUUGGUGCAGGGAACAGAAGACGACAUGAACACACAGAGUGCAGACGCUGAAGGUGAAUUUGAGAAAACAGAGCUGAAGAGAGAGGAUGAAAACAACGAAGCGGCCAAGUGGAAGAUGCUGAAAAACAACGGGGAGGUAGAUGAACUGGGCCCCUGGAGCAGAGCCAUGUCUGAUUCUCCCAUCACCUCUCUGGAGACCCUGACUCCAGGACAGGCCGACCAGCUGCAGCCAGGCAGCCUGCUCUCCUUUCUAAGGACCCAGGGGAGCUUGAGCGGAUCGCCUGCAGGGACGCACAAAACCAGCGAGAAUGGAGGAGGGGACUCGGAGAGGGAUGUUGCAUCAGGUGAGCAUCAUCUUUUGUGUCAUGUAUGUUAAAUGCAUCUACUUAUCAAGCUGCUGCCACAGCUGCAUGAGAUUUAAAGACAUCUACUGCCACCUAGUGGACAAACACCAUUUUGGCUCUGCUCCGUAGCGGUGAAGGUGAAGGAGUGUAGCAACAGGGGACAGGAGAUGUUUAUAUUUAGUCAACUUGAUUGUAAAUAUCUAUAUAAGCAGCUGAUGAGUGCGACUUUGUCAGCCACAUGGAUGCUGAUAUCAAAUCCCAGAAAAAGUUUUCAUCAGUCGCUCAGCCUUCGUCACCUAACAGCAGAAGUGUGAGGAGUGAGUGUGAAUAAAUCCUGCCAAUUACAAACACUUCACUUCCUUUAUACUUAUAACACUUUAUCUUUCUUCUCUGAUCUGAUCUGAGUCUGAAAUCAGGGCUGAAGAAGACACAGGUGUGUGCCACUGAUUACCCCACACUUUAAAGCAUGAUAUAAUCUCCUGGUGUGAUAGGUUACAAAUCGCCCGAGCUGAUGGAGCCCCCCGAUGGAGUGGCUUAAGCUCUUGUGCUGGUGUGAUAUGCUUGCUGAGUGCAGAUUUAAUAAUGCUGUCUCUCAGGAGAGGGAAUCCAACAGCUGGGGUCUUUGAUAUGCAUGUAUUAUGAGUGCAACAUGAUACACCUUCCCUCUGAUCCCCUUCUUAUUCAGAAACUCAAUAUGUUCAUGUGAAAGACAGGAAAGUGCCUGUCAACUCCAUUAGGGAUUAACAUCUGUUCCCUUUCUUUAUGAUUCAAACAGCAAGAUGUAGUUUUCUGUUGGAUUGUACAGAUGGUUGUUAAAAUGUGCCCAAACGAAAACCCUCAUCUCUGUCAAAGCACACACUUUCUGUGUGUUUCUUCGUAAUGUUUAUGCACAAAAUGCUGCUUAAAUUAAAGCUCCUGUGGAGAAUUUUAGGUUCAUGUUGACUUUAGCGCCCCCUGAAGACCAAAUUUUGUCAAUGUUUCUCUUUUUGUUCUUUUUGUAUAUUUACAUCCUGUGGAGUCUUGCAUUUGCUUAAACAUCACAAAGAUAAUAGUACUCAUACUUCACCAUGCAUUUCCUGUCUUAGUGGAGGAUACCUCCAGGGGUCACACUUGAGCACUUGGGCUGGAUGCAGCUACUUUGAUCUUAAUUCUGGGUCUGGUGAUUGUCAAAGUUCUACAGCCUGUCGCUACCUAAUCUGUCCCGGGAAAGCCGAUUUGUACUGUGCAUGUGCGAAACGUACGUCACAUCCUCUACUAGCCAUCUUUGCAGCAGCUCAGCAAUUCUUUGCCCCUUGCGGUUUGCAACAGCUUCGAUGUUUGUUUGACAGCUUCAGCAUCAGUGAACUCGCUUCAGUCAGAAUUGAUGCUUCAGUUUAUCACCAGCCACGCGCUUUUCUCCUGAAUGGAGUGCUUACCCUGACUGAAAGUCAAGAGAAUGGCGCCCAUUUUCAUGAUUAGCGGUUCUUACUACAGCUCAAUUGUGAAAUUGCAACGUAGUUAUAAAAGGCUUGAAUGAAUGUGAAUAUUUCAUUGUUGAAAUUAAAACGCUGUAUACAAACGCUGAAAUUCAUUGUCAAUAAUGAUUAGGCUUCUUGUUAAUAAAUUUAAUUUAUAAAAUGAAUGAAAUAAACCCCCCCUUGAUACUUUGAAAAGUCAGAGAACCAUAAUUUUGACCAGGCCCUGGAGCCUCCUGCUAGCUAGCUUGUCACAUCGCCAGCUGGUUUCUGAAACCGAUCUGUAGUUUAAAUAACGUGUUCAUCUGCACGUGCACAGUAUGGAUCGGGUAGGUAGUAAUAGUAGCAACGAGCUGCAGUAAAAUGCAAGUGACGUACGUUUCGCACAUGCACAGUACAAUUUGGGUUUUUGGGAACAUAACAGUCCCAGAUACAUUUCCAUUUUGUUCUGCAGAUUUAUACAUGAACAUAAAAUUUGAACUCAUUGCUGAACUUAACUCUUUGACCCCUCGCAAAGAAGAUGUUUAUCAUCAAAGUCUGAAGUACCAACAACAGGAAAUGCUCCACUUUGAAAUGGAAAGGAAGUAGUGCCAGCCUGUUGAGUCACAAGCCAUGUAGAUGAUUUUAAUAUAAGUGCAGGUUCAUACAAUGGUUUAUACUUCUGUGUUGACUCUACACCUGAGCUACUCUGUAGUGACUGAUACCAUCAUAAGUAUGUGUGAACUGGAGUGUUCAUGUCACUCUGCAGUACUGUGCCUGAACUAUAUCAGCGGUGUGAUCUUUAUCCUCAUUGAAACGACAAAUUCUUGUAGAAACACAAAAACACGAUCACACUGAAUCUGAGUGUAAAAUGUGUGAGAUGGAGCUCAUAUACUGUAUGUUGUGCAGCAGUCAGUCAAGCUACAAUUGUUAAGAUGAAAAGAGGGAAGAUGUCACUACCAAAUGGACCAAUCACAGGGCUUGAGUUCUUGGUUCUUUUGGUGUGUUGUCACAUUUAUGAGGAGGUGCUGCAGGUUUCUGUGUACGUACAUAGACCUAUGAAGUUUGCUACAGUGCAGGUCCUGCACAGAAAUUAAUGCCAGGCUUUGGUUUCUGAGGCCCUGCAACUCUGCAGCACUUAACUCAUGUUCUGAAUGCAUGACAGCUAUCAUGUGUUUGCAAAAAAGUCAGAAGCAAUUGAAUAUCGGGCGUUAUGGUGCUUUUAACCUGUUAGCUCUGGUUGAAACAAGCUGAAGUCCAUUUGCCGAGUUGGCAGGGUUUUGUUUGUGCUGUGUGAAAGCUGUCAAUCAAACCUUGGUGCAAACCCUACAAUCAGACCCCUGUAAAGGUGGGUAUCAGUGCACUCUUAUUCAGACCCUGAGGAGUUUGUUUGUAGUAAGAACAUGAUCUGAUGUCGAUCUGAGUUUUUUUUUCGUCCACACAGAAAUAUUACAAAUAUUAAGAAGACUCAGAGUUUCUCAAAUAUAGACAUUACUCUCAGGUUUAGCAACUGUGAAUUUUUCAAAAAGGAUUUAUUUAUAAUUAACCAAUUAAUUUUAUAAUGAAUUAUUGGCAUAUUGAUUUAUUCAGGAGGAGUUAGAACACACUCUCUCCACUCACUCUGCUCCUCACUGUGACAGAUGCUCACACUAGGCUGUGAAGCACGCUCAGAAUGUCCCCCUAAUAAUCUGGUUGUUUUUAGAUGAAACAAUAAAUAAAUAAAAACAGUUAUAAUUUGGGAUCAAAUUAAUGGUACAAAUAGAUUUACUAAAUAGGUUAUUACCCAUUAUUUUCAAAUAUUCAGUGUUUAUGUAGAAAUUCAUUAUUUUCAUUUUGCAGCAACACACAGCAUUAAAGUUUGAUUAUCAAUUAUGAGUGAUAGUGAAAUUAAAAUGUGAGAUCAUUUUUGGGUGAUAGUGUGUUUUGUUUAUUAACUUAAAAUCUUUUAGUGAUAAACAGGAGUAUGUGGUUCAAGUAUCUGUCUGUUUAACUUAGGUCAAAGUUACAAAGCUAUAUACCUAUAUAUUUUGUAGAUAUGUAUGUAUUCUUAAGAUGUGCAAUAAAUGAAAAAAUAUACUAAUUUAAAAUUUGGGGGAGUUUUGGCAAUAAAGACAACAAUAUUUUGAAGCAUACAAAAAUGUGUAAAAACAAAAAUGAGUUACAAAAGUUUAUAUGGCACUAGCUUGCAAUUAUUAUUAUUAUUAUUAUUUUUAUUAUUAUUAUUUAAUUGUUGUUGUAUUCAGGUUGAGGCUUAAAUAAGUAGUUCUUUUAAAGCAGAUAGAUUUAUUUUGAUGCACUGUGACGACAUCUAGUUUAAAAAAAAAGUUUAAUUGAGUUAGACAAACUAACCAGAAAACAAACUAAAAGAUUAUAAAACUCUUAUUCUUAUUGUUAGUGUGAGGUGUUGGAUUAAAUGUGCCUUAUUUUCAUCUCGUGUCUGAAUGACAGCUUCUAUUCGUUCACUUUGUUGUUGUUUUACUUUUCUAACAGAGAAAUCUCUAUUCAUGGGACAUUCUGGACUCCUAAAGUCUGAUUGUGUUUAAACAGAAUGAGCGUCACACAUAUAAUAAAGUCUGUAAACACACCUUCAAAACAACUGAGAUAUAAUCUGAUAUGAUAUAUUUUUUUCGAUCACCUCUAAACUUUAACAAACACGGAGGAAUCUAGUAGCAUUUUGAAAGCACAGCACACAGUUCAGUCUGCCUGUAAAUGUCUUUACCUCAAAUUUGACCUGAAGUCGCCCUCAGACCAUGAGAUGUGUGUUAAAAGAAAAUCUCCCCCUGAAGUCUUUAAAGUCAAACACGUCACAUCGUGGAUUUAGGGUCCUAGUUCACUUUUAUUCUGACUGGUUUGUUGAGAGUAAGAUCAUGAACUGACUGCUUGGAUCAUUACACUUCUCUGGAUUUAACCACCUACUGUAGACUUGCUUUGAAAACCAUCAUCACACCUGAGAGACCUUUAAAAACUUUGUUGAAGGUUUUUUUUCUUCAACUCAUCAGACAUCUGUCUAUACGAGAAAAAACAAAAACAAGUCUAAUGUUAAACCAACUCUCUCUUACUACCUAUAGGAUAUAUAUAAGACAUGAUUACUGAAAAUAUAAGUGUCUAAUUCACACAACAUGAUCAUCAUUAUAGUAUUAUUAUAAUAUCAACUGGACCUCUAUGUGUGGGAAACUUUGGACUCUCAGGGCCGGUUUUAAUUGGGUUUUACAAAAUGAAUGAACAGACCAAAUUUUGUCAUUUAGUCAAACAGUUACACAAUGAUUAAGAUAUUUUUCAGAUUAUUUUAUCCCAGACCCUUAAUUCGUUCAGAAACUUUAAGAUUUCAGACAGAUUAAGAAGUCUUUUUGAUGCUCUCAAGUCCAUUUGCAUGUCUUGACUUCAAGUUUGACAAGCAGCGUUUGAACAUAAAACCUCCUUUAAAGUCUUUUAUAAGUCAAAGAUGUCUUUUUGUGAAUCUUUGCUGUGAAAAAUGUAAACUGAGGCUGUUUAUUGACUUUGUAUCUUCUUGCAGAGACGAUGUCAGGCAAUAAUCAAUCUUUUCGAUCAUGGUGUCUUAAGUAUUCAUUUGUCAUAUAGAGGCAUCAGUACCAACUUCAGUCUGUUUCAUAAGCGGCUUUAAAGAAUUACAUUUAGAGGCUUUGAUUACAUUCAGAUUUGAGUCAGAAGAAUUUGGGAAAGCUGCAAGUUUUGACUUGUCUUGAGCAAAACUCGUGCUUUUAAUUCCUCCAUAAAAUCUACAAACAAUUGGCACCAUUGAAAGUUUCUGACCUCGAAUAAAGCGUUAAUCAGUUUCUUUGUUUAAAGCAACCUGAUCUUUCCAUCGUUUGCUGCAGGAGUUAUUUCAAGCAUCCCUCGCCUUUUGUUUUAGCCUCCUUAAUUUCUCUCCUCCCCUCCCUGAGGAAGUUGACGUCAAAGACAUAAUAAACACCUGACAGUCAAACCGGACACUGAGACGAGCGGCUGACAUUGAGAGUCCAUCGAGUGUCCUCCAAACCUGAGCGUGGCAGGUGGCCCGGCAGCCUGUCCUGUCUGCAGAGCUGACCAGGUGGCUUUGUCAUGGGGCUGUCUCCUGUUGCCCCCGUCCUCUCCAUACUGUACGGCACGUCGAGUGGCACGCUGACAUAUUGCCGGGCAGUUUGGACAUGGAGUGAUGUGUUUGUGAUGACAGUUCAGGUCGGCUCCAAUGUGCCAGCAGUGGUAAUUGGCCAGAUGGUGACCUCUGGUUGAACCUGUCUGCAUGCUCAUUAGUCUCCCUGAGCCCUCCCCUGUGUUUUAAAUGCAUAGUCUCAUCCCUGCACUGUUUAAUGUCAACCACCAGAGGGCAACAUUUACCACUGAAAAGAGACCAGCGGCUAAAAAUCCUCCUUGUAAUUCUGCACCUGGCUUUAUUUCACAGGCACAUUUAGGACACCUAUCCCUGAGGACGCAGACCAAGACAGGCCUUGAGACUUAAAGAGGACUGCAUGACAACACAAUUUCAAGGUUAUUACACUAAGAGCAUCUGCAUUACUGUACUGUAAGAGUCUGGUUUUAUCACAAGGAGGAGGAAAAAGGAAUUUAGUGUUAACAUGCAAUUCCUACUCACAGUUUACCUGCUGGGUAAAGUUGUGUGUGUGAUACUUCUGCACUAUUUUGAUGUCCUUUUGAAGACUCAAUUGAGUCAAAACCUGCAGAGACCUCCCUGUUAAACGCAGGAAUCUUAUACUGAAACAGGUAGCUUUACAGUUUAGACUGUCUUUGCAAAUUUUCUACACCGUCUGUAUUUACUUUGCAAUUUAAUCCCUGUCUUUAUCCUCAAAGAGCACUUUACUACUGAACAUCAUUAUUGCAUUUUAUUUGACCCAGUGACGCACCCAUGCUUUUUAUCUGCACCCCUAUUAUUAUCAUUUUGAACUGCAAGACUUAGUUAGCUUGACUGUAUUUAAAUCCCUUGUUAAAAAUCUGAAAGCCUGUUUUUUUGUAUGCACUGAUUUUAGCUGAAGUCGGUUGUGGCCCUUUACUUUGGUUGUCCUGCUGAUGGUACUCUGUGUUGCUGUAAGUCUUGCCUAGGUCUCCCUCGGAAAAGACGUCUGAUUUCAAUGGGACUAACCUAGCUAAAUGAAGGUCAAAUAAAUAAACAAAGACUAAUAUCACAGAAAGAGCAUUUGCAUUAAAUUAAUCACUACGAACAGGAUAAAUGAAUCAUGUUAACAUACAAUGCUUUCUAAAUCUGCAUAUGCACAUUUCACAUGUUGGAUGGAGUUUCUAAGAAUAAUUUUUGUGAUUUUGCACAAUUUUGAUGUCCCGAUGAUGCCUCAGAGGAGUUCACACUUCCUGGGCAGUCACUUAUUAAUUCGCCAUUUAUCCCCCGUCUUUAUCCUAAAAGAGCACCUAAAUGCUUCACAUCAUUUUAUUUAUGAGUUUGCAUUUUCAUCACUAUGACAGUGUGAGUGUUUUUAUCACAAACAGUGCAAAAGUUUUAAUUGGUGACAAUAAAUAGGGUAACUGAUUUCCUGUUAACAUGCAAUGAAUGUUUUUCUUCUGUUCAUGCAGAGUUCGGAGUGUGAUGUUCACGCUUUCACAGUAUACUAACACACUCAGAUGAAGCCAAACUACCAGCUACACUCAGAUGAAUUAGUGCUAAAAAUGGUGUCAAACUGCUUUUUGAAUCCAUCUUUGCUUCAUGUUCCAAAUACAGGUAGUGUGUAAAACAUGAAGAGCAUCAGAUGAUAGGGCCACGCAAUUGAACAAAUUUUAAUUGCAUGCAUGAUUUUGGCCUUCCCGCAUUUAAAAAGUUGACAAUAAUUGUUGACAUUUUAAAGGUAUGCUCCAUCCUAGGAAUGUGUAUGUGGUUGUUGAUUAAAAUAGUUUGUAAAACAUACAUGAGGUCUGGUUAUACAAACCACAUGAUGAAAUAUCAGAUUAUAUAACUGCAGUAAAGGACUGUUCAUACUGACAAACAAAAAUGCUGUUAAAAUAUUGGAUACUAUACUAAAUGUGGACAACAUUUUACAUUAAAUUAUGAGGUAAACUAUAAAUGGGAGUAUCAAACAUUCAGUCAGUCUUCUCAGUAGGAAUAGGAAAUGGUCAAUUGUACUUAUUCCUACAUCAUUAAUUCAUUACUGAUUUUCUCGUCUAUUCUUAUGGAUUUCUAGUGUAAAGAAAAAGUAGGCCGAUAGAGUUCAUCUGUGCUGUCUGAGUCUGGGGGUUGAACUGGACCGAUACAUGUCAGCUGAUCCCAGAUACAGCCUCUGACUGGUCAACAAACCAAGACAAAGACAACAGCCUCUGUGUAGCUGAAUUAGCUAACAAUAGAGAUGACAAUUACUGUAGACUAUUUCAAUCACAUUUAUCAAUAAUUUAUUGCAGAAACUUUUUUGUUUUUUUAAAGGGACUGGAUGUGGACAGUCUCUGAAAACAUACAGUGAUAUUCUAUGUGGGAUAGAAAGGCUCCUGGAUUAUCACACAAACACAAUUUAACACACAAAAUAAGCAGAUUUGUCAGCAAGUCGAUGUAUCAUUCUGAACUACAUUCAAAACUGAUACUAUAAACACAAGAACAUUAGGUUGUAUAUGAUGACAGGGUUUUGUCCAUCUGUCUAAAAUGAUGACUUCUUUCACUCUGUGGUUGUCUCUCUGUCCUUCAUGAUGCAAUGUCACAUGCCAUGUUUUUGUUUUAAAAGUGUGUACAACUGUGUACAAAGCACCAAUGAGGGACCUGUUGAGGAUAAAUUAUAUUAAUGGCUCUUACUACUUGGAACAGGUUCUGAUUUGGAACUUGGCAAUAGUGAAAGAGAGUUCUAGAGUACUGGAUUCUUAAAUCCUGGAUUUUAGAAUGCUUUGAGUGUUUUAAAGAGACAGUUGCUAAAUUAAAGUAUUUUAGACUAAAGUUUUAUUGAGUUUUCUAAGGACAUUAAGGGAAGAUUAUUUUUAGCUUUAAAUGAUAUAAAAUGAUGACAAAAGUAUCAGAAAGACAAUAUAACGCCUGAAAAUGAGCAAAAUACCUGCUCUUGAAAAACAAAGGCCAAAUGCAAAAAGUCUUUUUUGGUCCAUUGUACUGAAAUUUCAAGUCAAAGUAAAAAAAAAAUAUUGCUUGGUUGUGAUCAAAUAUUUAGGUCAGCCUAAAAAAGCUGUAUGAGAUUUUUUGUUCCUGGAAAUAAAUGAGACGCAGCAUACACAUGAUUUUGAGAGGCCUUCACAAACAAUAAUAAAAACGGUAAAAAUAAAGGUCCUUAAGAUUACUGAAUAUGUUUUACAUAAUCAUGAUUGCAGUAUUGAUAAUACUUUAUUAAUAUUUGUGUAAGAUACAAAAAAUUGUAUCAUUUUGGCCACAGAUGUGCAGCUUUCACAGAGGGACAUAAAAAAUUUGAAUUUUGAAGCUACUUUGCACUCAAACAUUUGUUUGUUCGAUGAUCUUCAGACUCCUAUCUCAGAGUUGAAUAAUAUAAUGUUUUCCUCAUAUCACACAGGCCAAACCUUUAAACAUCCACCCAGCUUACUAAAGCCCCCUGUGUCUCCUCUGUGACUUCAGAUCAGGCCGCUUAGACUCAUGAGAGCGAGUGAAUAUGAGAAGAUUGAUAAAGAAAGGAUAAAGAAUGAAGAGAGGAUGAACAGAGGGAAAGAAAGGGUCCAGAUUUGAAAGGUUGAAAGGCCGGGGUCAUUAUCUCAUUGUCUGACCUGUGUGUAGCCUCGGCAGAGAGGGAGUCAGAGAAAAGGAGAGAGAAAAAGGAGCGAGAAGAAGAUCACCAUAGAUGGAGAUAGAUGGAGCGACAGCGAGGUGAAAGAAGAGCGGUAGUGCGGCUGUCUCCAUGAGCAGAUGUCGUUUGAGGGCAGCGAGAGGGCAGCGCGAGAGGCCUGCCUUUGUGCCGAGCUUCUCCCCGUAGAGAUAAUGAAGGGUGGAGCUGAGGGAAGGAUGUGCGGUCAUCACUCACUGUCUGUGCGCCAUCAGAGCUCAGGCCGGCGUCAUCCGUCACCAUUCAGCUCCUCUGGCCCCCGUCGGCCCCGCCACUGUCAUCAUGGUCAUUAUCUCAGCCUGUGACACACACAACCGCAAACACACACCAACACAGACAGACAAUCCAACAGCACACACAGGGACAUAUGCGUGCAGGUGCAGAUAUAUACACAAGUGGACGUACAAGCACUGAAAUAACAAAAUAUACAGUUUGUUUUGUUUGAUUUUUAUGUUAUUAACUUUAAGUCCAAACUAAAAUGAAAUAAAAUACAGCCUGUUUUGGUGCUCACUUUUAGUGAAAUAUUCCUCAUUAUGUUGUGUUGUAUACACAGAAGGCAUUCAAAGUAUACAAACACUGACUGUAAAAAUACAUGUCAGCCCUAAAAUUGUCUACAAUCUAAAUAAAGCCUUUUAUUUAUUUAUUAAAAUGGUCAUCUGAAAGGUUUUCAUUAGUGGACAAAAUGGAAAGAAAAACUUUUUUAAGUGAUUAAAAGUUGAAAAGGUCACUAUAUAAAUAAAAUUUGAUUGAUUGAUUGAUUGAUUUGAAAGGUCACAUAUGUUGAACCAUAAUACUAUACACAAUUUAAAGCUCCUGUGAGGAAAUGUUGUUUCAGCAUGAACUUUGACGCCCCCUUUGGGAAAAAAAUAUCAUUGCUUAUUAUUUGCUCUACUGUACAUGUCUCAGUAGAAAUAUCAUCUCGCUAACUUUAGACAGUAACAUUCUUGGUGAAUAUUUUUAAUGGAAAAUAUAAAAAUACUAAGACUGUUCUUUCAGCUCCUCAGCUGAUGUCUUGCGUUACCUUCUUGCCUUAAAAAUGUUGGUAUAGGGAAGUUAGUCUUGUUGCUGACGGUCAGGUUUGCUUUUGGCAAAGGCAUUAAAAUGAAUUUCACUCUAUUUCAUAGAUAAUAAAAAACCUCCUUCCUGAAGCUUAAAAACUCAAACAGUACAGUUGAAACACUUUUAAAGGACAAUUUCACUUUUUCAUUAUAUCUGUGAUUUUUAAACCUAUUUUGUUACCUUGGAACAAAUCUGUUACUGUAUGAAUCACUCAACAUGGUAACAACAUAUUAAAAUAUUAUAGGAGUUUCUUACCCUGAAGAAAGCUGCAUUAGAAGUAAGGCAUAUGUGUCACACCAGGACCUUCAAAAAGGCCCCUAAUUUUCAUGGUGAAAAUUUGACUUCAAUCCCUGAUCACCAGGUUUACAGUGUGCACAUUUAGAUAAACUCUAGCAUUAAGAAAAGUCUGCUUUAAAUAACUGUGUGAGUGUUUACUGGAAAUAGAAAGACAAAAAUAACACCAACCAGAGGCGUCAGAGUUUUCAAAACACUGCUAUUACUACCACUAAUACCGCUAAUACUGUGUUCAUCUCACUGUUGCAGAUAACUGAAUAUAUGUACAGGCCUUCUGUUGUAUCUGAAGGUUAUGAUUAUAUAACAUCUAACAUUCAAAAGAGUGGAAUUGUCCUUUAACACAGUCCAAUGUCAGUAAUCAUUCAUUGCUCUUUACUGCGCAAACCCACCCCUCUCAUUUCCUGUCAAUUCCUGUGUAAUCGUGCAUCUGUGCAAGUGUUCAUGUAUGGAGGUGUGUGUCUGAUAGUGUGUGUUUGUGUGUGUGUGUGUGUCAGUGAUCGUGUGUGUUUAUGUGUGCGUCUGGUCGGACUCUCACAGCCUCUGAAUGGAGGAUCAUGUGGUGAAGAGAUGGAUGGCUCUGAGCCCGCUGCUGUCUCCUCUAAUUGUAAAAUAUUAGUUACAUUAGACUCUGGCUGGUGAUUAAUGGAACUUAUUUGGAGGUUGCCCUCUCUCGGACCUCCCUUCUCCUCUGGAGGGAGGGAGACAGAACAGCAGACCCAGAGAGAGGAGAGGGGGGAGGAGGGAGAUACUAUAGAGGCAGGGAGGGGAAGACAAGAAGGGCAACAAGCGACUGAUGUUGAUGCGAGACCUUUUGGCUUUUUAUUAACAGACUUUAUGAAAGAGUAACAGGCUGCAGGGUUGUUAACAUUGUCUGAGUUUACAUGGGUUAACCAUGAAGGAAAUCUGCUCUGGAGCCACAAUGGAUGUGUUCAAUUUAGGAUGUUGAUGUGACAGUGUGAGAGCGUGCAACUAUUCAAGGAGAAGCUGUUAAAACGGUUCAAUCAGUGGGAUUAAAAAAUAAAACUCUGAGGGAUAUCCUAGUGUUAGAUUGCACCAGAGUUACAGAAUAAACAUAUAUGUACAGGAGCCUCAUAUUUACAUGCAAUGACACAUAAAACGCAUCAGAAAAAUAUAAAGAGAAUGAUAGUUAAAUGCAACGACAGAGGGCUUAAAACACGAAAGAACUGAAGUGUGAUAAAUCAGGUGACCAGGGUAGAAUGAUAUUGCCUCUACCCCUAGAUAUGAAACAUGAGGAAUGCAUGAGACAGAUUUUUUUUUUUUUUGUGCCAGAAAUGAUAUCCAAUAAUCACCUUCUUCUGUUGGCUAUUAUUUUUGCAUAUGAGACUGCUUCUCUUGUCUCUUAUCUGUCUGUCUAUGAAGGUGUCAGAGCAGUAGUAAGACGGCUAACCACAGUGUAAUAGAAGUAGUAACCCUAAGCAGAAAAUACAAGUAAAUUGUGCUGUUGAAAUUUUUGUUUUCAAACACUCACAAUACACUGCAUUGAAAAACACUGUGUUUUUCUAAAUUAUGUUAUGGAAAACUAUAUUGCUUUUUGCUAUAUUGUGCUGGCCUAACCUUGGAUGUGAGGAGCUGAAACUAAAUCAACAAAGUUUACUGCAGUGGUUUUUUAAGUAGGUGGUAAGCGACUGCAUUAAAUUUACUCUCAUGUUGAGACACUGGAUUGCUUUGAAUUGUUAAUAAAUAUGGAAUCAUCAGCAUGUGGUUAUAUAAGUGAGAUUUUGUGACAGAUUUAAUUUAAAUGCAACGGAGACUACCGGCAGCUUGUCGAAAACAAGCAACAACCUAACCUCAGCAGAAGAGUGCAGAGCACCGCAGUACCUCAAGUGUCCACUGGAGGCUGACUGCAAAAGCCAAGGGAACUGCACUGGCAAAACCCAUGCUGAAAUCAGGGGCGGAGCCAGUGGUGUCCAUGCCCCCUUCUGAAAUAUGGCUGCCAUUUUAAUGACCACUCCACAAUCUUUAACCCAAAAUGACUGAUUGGCUUCUGCUGUGGAGCGGUUGUUGUUUCUGUAAUCUGAAAACAACAAAGUUUGAGCCACAUUAUUUUCGUUGGUGUCACUUUAUUUUCUUAUUAAAUUCACUCUGUUGGGCAAACUCAGCUUUGUUACAGUGCCAUUAUGCACAGCAGAGCAUUUACUUAUUCUCAAAGUGUUUUUGGCUCACUUUCUCCGGGAAAAAACAUAAAUAUAAACCAUUAAUAUCCCUCACAUUUAAACUCAAUCGUAAAAUAGUUUGAACUUUCACUCUCCAGCCAUCUUAUCAAUAUAACACAAUAUAUCAUAUACCAUGAGUGGAUUGACUUAGUCUCUGUCAGGGUUAGAGUGCACUGUGCAGCUGUGUGCAGCAGUGAGUGGAGAUUCUAACAGUUAGCUAAUCUCAAUCACAAUAAGACAAAACUAUAGCACACUCUACAGAGAUGGCCUGUGAUAAACUUUACCACAAAACGGACAUAGUAAUAGUUGCACAUGUUAGAUGUUUUCCAUAUUUCCAUUCUCCACAAUAGAAAUAUGGAACUGUACCGACCACUAAUUAAGACUCCUACAGCUUGAGAUCUUGGUCAUUAAAUUAAGAGUCAUUGUAACUGAGGUAAAAUAUUUGGGAUUUUGAUCUAAGGACUAAUCGCCCAGCGCUGCUGUCAUCUCUAGCCUUUCAACAAGCCUCUUCAGCAACCAGUAGGUGACGUUGUGGUGAAUAUGUCCAUGUUUUAUAGAGUCUAUGGUCGCAAUGCAGCUGUAAAAAGGAUUUUUGAAGGAAAUUCUGAAAGGAGAUCAUGAUUUAUAGUUUUGAAUUGGUCUUCAGAUUUGAAUGCCACCCCUGUGACCCCUCUGUACACGCCCCUAAAACUGCUCUGUACCUGCUUUUUGUCAAGCUUCACUUCUUUCCUUUCCUAUUGUUCCUCUCAGAUGGCUCCUUUCUCCUCAGUGAGAUUACUCUUUCUCUAGCACACUCUCUCUCUGUGCCAUCCUGAUGAUAUUCAGAUGUGUCAGGUCUUCUCCUUUCUCUGACUACUGUGUGUGUGUUCGCGCGCACGGCUGUGUGUGUUUGUGUGUGUGUGUGUGUGUGUGUGUGUGUGUGUGCCUGUGUGUCCUUUACGGCCAUCAGGUUAUUAUACACCAACAGAUGGAGCAUUACCUUUUAUUGCUCACACCUUCUGUGAGUUUUCCCACUUUUCCCCCCAAAAACACCUUUUUUAUGUAGAUGUGAAAGUGAGUGUUCAGCUGCCUACAGCUGUCUGAGCUCUGAUGAGGAGCAAACAGAGAGGAAGAGGAGGGGGUGAAAAGGCUGAGACAGCCCUCAGUUUUUGGGAAGUGAUGUCAAAUGACAUCAGCACAUAAUGGUUUACUGUAAGCAUGAAUCACAGAGAAACACAUUGAAGAGUUGGACAGACAUCAUGAGGUAACAUCUCAAAAAUAGCAGCAAGGACACACGGCUGUCACACACACACACACACACACACACACACACACACUCACACUGGCACACACACACACAGGUAAAUGAGUCACACACAGAGCUCUUGGUUUGAUGGUACAAAAACCUCCAGGCUUUGGUGUCAUGAUGGUUCUCAUUGAGGUCAGAUAAACUUGUGGAAGUUAUUAGCGAUGUGUUUGUUGUCCGUAUCUUAAAGCUACAGUCGUGUGUGUUUCGUCGUGUUUUCAGAGAGUCAUGCAGCCAAAGAGCGGGACAGGCAGGAAGUUUUGGCAUGCCUCGCCUCCCAGCUGCAGACGUCUGUCAUUCCUCAGCUCAACACUUGUGUGUGUGCGUUUAUUUGUGUGUGUGUAGGUGUGUGUGUGUGUGUGAGUGAGCAUGGAUGUGGCUGUGUUUGUGUUGUGAGCAGGAAAUGUGUUACAAUGAAUGAGGACUUUCAGGCCGUUUUAUAAAAGCUGUCAGACUGUGAAGUGUUGCAGUGUUUGCUCAAAGUUGCGGAGUGUAAAUUGUUAUCAUGAGGCGGAAUCAGAGUCAGACUUUCGGAGAAACUUGUUUGAGUCCUGUUGUGAGUUUAUGUGGUUUCGUUUUCCUCUGGUUGUUUCAGGAAGCCCAAAUUAACUUCUCACCUGCAAACAUCUGGACUGAAACACAGGAAAACUUACUCACCAACAGUUACGUUUGUUACCCUGAAUUAUGAUCAAAAGCUUUACAGAGCUUAACCACAUCCUCUUUGUUUUUCCAAAGAUUUCCACCAAAUGAAAACGUUUACUGUCAACAUUCAGUGAAGUUUUCAAUGGAACUAGGGCUGCUGCUUUGUAAAGUAAGAUAUUAAAAAAAGGCAUCUUUCCAGACAAAUUUCCCAUAUAGACCAAGUUUUCCAUUUUAUUCUACCAUUUGGAGUGGUGAGCAGGACUGUCAGCAAGUGAAAAAAUGAUACGCAAGUGCUUUUAGUGUUAAUUAAGCAGCAACCUCUGGUCUUGAAAAAUGAAGCUGACACAAAAAACUGCAAUUCUCAGAGUGUCCACUAGAGACUGACUGCAGAAGCACCAGAAACUGCACGCACACUUAGGCAAGAAAAGCCUACUUUUACAUUAAAAAUAAAAACCUUUACAGCCUGGUUCAGAAAACGGUUGCGGUUUGAGUAGCUCAGGGCUCCAGCAGCAUCCAAAUAAAAUUACGCUCAUGAGGAAAUUGGAUGUAUAAGUAAUGUAAAGAUAUAAUUAAACGUUAAGUCCUUUCAUGAUACAAAUGUAGGGCUUGGUCUAGCUGACACAAAAUAGCUAAAAAUUUGUGACACCUUCUACACUCUGCUUGCUUUAUUUGCUUAUUCCUGGCAGCUGUCAAAUCUGAUCAACAGCAAAUCACUUUGCGAGGGGAAAACCAAUCAGCAUUGAGAUCUUUUGGUGAUGGAUUGAAGCUUAGGGGGCUCAGCUGAUAGAGAAUUUAGGUCCAGCUAAAAAAAUUAUAUCAACUACUUCAAUUUUCUGAUGAUGAACUUUGGGUUCCCUUUUCAAGUUCCCUUUUUCAAAAAAGGGUAACUGUAAACUAGUUCAUUCAGGUUUGUGUUACCUGGACUUUAGGCUCACUCACAUUCAUUUUCAAAACUCUGAUGACACUAAAUUCCUACUGUGGAAGCAACAGUGACUGGGUGUACACGGACUUGAGUGUGGUUUCCGUUGGUUUUUAAACAACCCUGUUUUGUGUUGUGCACUCACAUAAUUCUGCAAAUGACGCCAGUUGUUUGAAGGAAAUCAGCAACAUACAUGGUUCUCUCACAAUAAUGUUGCAGCGGAGUCAUUUUUUGUGUGUUUUUUUUUUUUUAAUUUACCAUCCUGUAACCAACAGACAACCGAGUAUAUUAUCUGUGCGUGGAGAUCCCAUUGUAUGCAUUUAUGCUGGUCAGCUACUUUGUCAAAACUCAUUGUGCAUACAUGAACCAAACUCUUCAAUCAGUUUCAGUCAUUUCAGCAUAAAUUUCAGUCGGACUAACAUGUUUCCAUGUAUUUUACAAGUCCAGUCUUAGUCAGAUUAAUGCAAUACAUGGAUUUUUGAACAUUUAAACUGAGUUGUCUUUUUUCCUCUCUUUUCUUUAGCUUUUUGUACUCUGUUAAAAGAUCACUCUGAUUUCUUCUUGAAUCUCUCUGUACCAUAGGUCAAGUGACGGCUCUUUCUAGCUUUAGAGAUCUGUUUUUGUGUUUCCACGUUCAGCUGCCCCCGUAUAACACCAAGUAAAGUUAAAAAGAGAUUUGGGGUUUAUUGUUCAAACCUAGUGGAGGUCAAACGCCUCCUUCUAACCCUUAAAUCCCCUUUUCUGUCUUUUUUAUUUUCCAGCCCGGAAGCCCUUCCAGUGCAGGUACUGCCCCUACAGUGCCUCCCAGAAGGGCAACCUGAAGACACAUGUCCUCUGCGUCCACCGCAAACCCUUCGACAACAGCCUGUACCCAGACCGCCGCCUCCGCCGCUCACAUGCACCUCAGAGGCCCCCCAGACCGAUUCCCAGCAUCACAGGAGAUAACGGAGCACCGGGGAGAGACCAGAUUGGCAUGACAUCACUCUGUGGGACUUGAUGUUGUCAUGGCAACAACAGACACAGACCGUUAUGAUUAUUGUUUUAGCUUCACCUCAGCAGGGUUAGGAUGAUUGAAAUGGUUAAAAAUGUUAACAGCCAACCUUGAUGUACAUUCCAGUGUUUACUUGAAGAGCCACAGUGCGUAUUUAUCUGUAGCAAAAAGCUGCCUAUAAUAAUAAUAAUAAUAAUGAUAAUAAUAACAAUAAAAACCAUGAUAAUAAUAAAGUCCAUGUGAUGUGAAAGUGCA